UGGUUUGCGGUAACACAGGAAGUGGAGACAGACAACACAAAGCCACUUUGUAUCUUGGGUGUCACAGACUAAUCAUCUGAUAUAAGAGGAAGCAGAAUUAGCUUGUUUGGCUAACAGUUUGUUGUGUAACACGCUGGACAGGUGAGUUAUGAGCGGGGCGCUGGUGCUGGGGGUGGGGACAGGUGUCUUCCUCGUCGCCCUCAUGUGGAUAGGGACUCUGGUCCUGAGUCUUAUCAUGUCCCAUGCUGCUGGUCCAAUAAAGCUUGGAAUCAUUCCCUUGGUGCUGUUGGCUCUAACCAUCACCUUGACCCUUGUGUUCUUUCCUCGAGCCUCUGAAUUACCAUCUGCCAUUAAAGAAACACAGAUAGUGGACACCUUCUUCAUCAGCCGGUACGUGCUCCUGGCAGUAGUGAGUGUGGUCUUCCUGGUGUCUCUGUUUAUCUUCUUACCCUUCCACCUCCUGGAGUCGGUGUAUGCCAAGCCCCUGAGAGCCCACUAGAACAGGGCCUGGCACAUGCCAAUUCCCUCUUGGAUCAGAUAAACCUCAUGGCCAAUAAGGUGGACUUCAGAUGAGUCUCCUACAAAGAGGCUCCACUUAUUUUUGUCUGCCAGCCAAAUCAGAUGUUCUGACCUCUCUCUGUCUGACCAUAAAACUUAAAGAUAGCGCUGCUACUGUAAAGACAGAGAUACAUGUUUGAUUCGAUGUAUCUCCAGUUAAUAGACUUAAGUAGCUAUAGUGAGUUACUCUGUUAUUUUCAAGUGCUGGGAUUGUACAAGUGGCCCUGUGAUAAAGCUUUGGACUACUGUUUGGGAAUUUGUUCAAAUCCCAUCACCACUAGUUAGGUCCUUAAGCAAGACACUUAAAUCUCAACUGCUCUGUUGAUUGUAGAUUGUUUAUUAUAAAUAUCAGUAUUAUUAACUCUGCAUGAUUUAGUUAAGAACUGAUGCCACUCUAUUAACUGGUGACCUACUACCCCUUAUUGUGCAGACAGACAACGCAAAUCAGACAUUUCAUCAGCUCUGCACCAUUUUGACAUGCUAAUUUGGCUCACUAGAAGUGUUUUUUUAAAGACCAUCUCUUUACAACUGUGACAAAAGCGCUGGGAGCAGAAUUGGGUGCUUCAGCAGAAUGUCAAGCUGUGCAAGUCGAUUAUUUGGAUUGUAACAAGGAAAUGCUCUGUUUGGGUUUUUGUUGCAUUACAUCUGUCAAAAGUUCAUCUAUCUUUAAGAGAGAUGGACGUCAUUACAGCGCUUCAUUCAUGUGACUGUUUAUGUGUAUACUGUUCACUCUGAAUACAUUAUGAAGCUUG